UUGAAGAUGUGCCUAGAACGUCACUUGUCAAUAGUUCUCAUAGUAUAACGGUUGAAGAAAAUGCAUGUGAUCUCAGAACGGACAAUGAUAGUAUUCUAGAGCAUAAGAAUAAGUUUAAUGAAAAUGAGUACGAUAGCAUACAAGAAAAUGAAGAAAAAGAUGAAUUUGAUUUUCAUUCAUCAAUUAUAAAGAUGACUGCAAAAUUCCAUUGUAAUAGUUCAAUAACAGGAGCAGCUGUGACAACCUUUUUAGAUGAAUUUGUGUUUCCAAUUAACAAUUUUUUUGAGCUGGGUGAACCAUUUAAAAAUUUUAAAAGUUACGAACAACAAGUACAAGCAUUAAUUGAAAAUACGACUUACAUAGAACCUAUAGAAAUACCUUUAGGUUAUCGUUUGGAUUCAAGAUUAAAUAAAAAGACAAACUGCUAUGAACCAAAACGCGUUGUCGAAUCUUUCCAAUAUGUUCCAGUUAUUACAGUUUUAGAAAUGGUAUUAUCAAAAAAAGCCCAAUCAAGAACUAAAACAGUUUAUGACCAACAGUUGAAUUUUUUAAAAGAAAAUGAUUACUCAAAUGCUUCAAAAACAGCCACAGGACUAAAAGGAGAUUGUUGUCUUAAUCAAUCAAAGUUUUUUCAUAUUACCAACAACAAAGUGUUUGACGUAAUGCAUGAUUUUUUAUGCGGUAUUUGUCCCAUGAUUAUAAAGUUAGUGAGCCAUGAAUAUAUUAUCAAACAAAAAAUUUUUAACAUUUCAUAUUUCAAUAGUCGUAUAUCAAUGUUUAACUAUGGUUACUUAGAGUACAAGAACAAGCCUUCAGCUAAUUUCACCGAUUCGAUGCUGAGUAAAAAAGAACAUGCCUUAAGCCAAAAGGCAAUGCAGAUGUGGUGUUUGACAAGAGCUUAUCCUUUUUUAGUAUCAGAGAAAGUAAACGAAGGAGAUAAAUAUAUGGACUUAAUUAGUAUGUUGCUCAGAAUAAUGGAAAUAAUUUUUGCUCCAAAAUUAUACAGAUCUGAGAUCACUUAUUUGAAUCGCCUUAUGCGUUUAUUUUUAGAGACACUGCAAUUAUUAUUUCCCGAUGUAAAUUUUAUUAACAAACUUCAUCAUGCUUCGCACUAUGCUGAAUGUAUAGAAAGUUCCGGACCUCCGAGCAAUUACAACUGUAUGAGAUUUGAAGGCAAACAUGGCUUAUUGAAAUUAAGAGCGCAAAAUAUACACAACUUUAAAAACCCCCCAAAAAGUCUCAUCAGACUAUCUCAAUGUAUUCAAGCUGCGAAAUGGGGGUCAGGUGAUGUCAAAAUUAAUAAAUAUCGUGAGACCCGUAGUAAAGUAAUCACCGUGUCUGAGACACAAAGUAAAAACGAUCUCUUAGAUAUGGGCUUACAAGAAAAUGACUACAUUUCUUCAGCAAAAAAAAUUACAGUUAAUGGAGUAGAAUUUUGUAAAGGUUUAUUUGUUGUAUUAGAAAAAUCAUCCUCACGAGAAGAUAAUUUACAUCUAUUUGGAAGAAUUGACGAAAUAGUCGUUAUAGAUGAUGAAAGAAUUUUUUUCCUCUGCAGUUUGUGUGUAACUUGUCAUUUUGAUAGUAGUCUAGUAGCUUGGGCAUUUGAGUUAGGUAAUGGGCUAUACAAAUUUAUCAAUGUACAUGAUAUUGCAUAUUUCAAACCAGUUUGCUAUUGGACGAAACCAAACGAUGACCUAUUGUAUAUCAGUCUUCGUCAUAUAAUUAUAUAA